AGAAAGAGAGAGAGAGAGAGAAGUGCCACUGGAUGUAAUUGAUUGUCUUGCUAUCAAGAAUAACUUGUUAGUAAUAGUCAAUUCUGGCUGCUUUUGAGGCUGACUGUUUCCACUGAAGCAUCAGAGGUUGUCAGGCUGCUUCUCACUGAAGCUCAACUGUUAUCCAGGAGCUGAGGACAGCAGACGGGUUUUUUUUAAAGAAAGACUUAAACUUCUUCAACCCUGCGGCAAAAGCAACAACAUGCUGCUGAUCGGCUACAUCUAAUUCUACGGAUUUGUGGAUACAUUCUCAUUCAGGUUGCUCUUUGUUUAGCAGCAUUUUUCAUUCAAAACAAGCUGUGCACACACUCGAAAUUAAAUCGAAAAAAACUGUAGCAUAUUUUCAAAGCUAAAAAUGACCUCCAAAGAAGACGCGAAAGGCGCCUCGGUUGAGGAUCGAAGGCGCAGUCCGUUGGACCAUCUUCCUCCACCUGCUAACUCAAACAAGCCUCUUACUCCGUUCAGCAUAGAGGAUAUUUUGAACAAGCCGUCUGUCAAACGAAAUUACACAAUUUGCGGCACGGCGCACCUGCUUUCUUCCGGUGAGAAGCAUCCGUCUACGGGCCAUCCCCUCUCCAACCGUGCGCUGCUCACCCAGACAUCUCCAUUGUGCGCCCUGGAGGAGCUCGCCAGCAAAACCUUCAAAGGACUGGAAGUCAGUGUCCUACAAGCGGCAGAAGGGAGAGACGGCAUGACACUCUUCGGUCAGAGGAAUACCCCUAAAAAGCGGAGAAAGUCGAGAACAGCUUUCACCAACCAUCAAAUCUACGAACUGGAGAAGAGAUUUCUCUAUCAGAAAUAUCUGUCUCCGGCUGAUCGGGAUCAGAUCGCUCAGCAGCUCGGGCUCACGAAUGCUCAAGUCAUCACCUGGUUCCAGAAUCGCCGAGCCAAACUCAAAAGAGACCUGGAGGAGAUGAAGGCGGACGUGGAGUCGGCCAAAGCAGUGGGCAAUGUACCUUUUGAGAAAAUGGCCAAACUGGCAGACCUAGAGAAACGCGUGAACGGUACUCUCGGAGAUUCGUCAGCCGUGUCUCCGUCACGAUCAAACCACGAGCACGAGGGUACCAACAAACUCCACAUGUCACCAUCAUCGCCAUAUACAGACCACACAACGAGCAAAGAGUGUUCAGAAGACGAAGACGAGGAAAUUGAUGUAGAUGACUGAUUUUUGUCUUGAACAGAAUCGGUAUUAUUUAUAUACCUUUUUUUCCAGAGAUGGUCCUCGGAGGUGAAAGUGCCAUUAACGCACCAAAUGUAUUAAAUGACUUGUAUUAAAAGCAAAGUUUAAAAAGGAGGAAAAAAAUCAACGCAAGCAUGAGACAGUUUCUUCAGAUCUAUUUAUGCGGUGGCAGUAUCGUAAUCAUUUAGCCUAUUCGUUUAAACAGAUAGCUGAAGAGCAAUAAGUACCUUGAUAAUAACACACACAUACACACACUUGAAGCACGAUUGCCCACACAGAACUUUUUUUACCCGGUUCUGAGUAAGUUAAAUGCAUGUUUUAUUUUGUUUCACCAAAUUAUUUGAGUUAAAAUGGCUGCAGAGCUCAUCUCAAAAUAUUCCUAAAUUUAAUUCACUCACGCAGCUCCCUAUUACUUAAGCCUAAACCCGUUUGAUAAAAGAGUGUAUUAUAGAACAUUUCCUACAAAAGCUUUCACAGGAAAAAAAAUCGAUUGUCUGAUGAAAUCUGGAUUGUGACAUUUUAAUAUAUUUCUUAUGGUUUGUAUGCCUGUAAGUGCCUUUUAAGCCAGGAAACCAUUUAAACCAAGUGUACAAAAUGUAAUGUAUUUAAAAUGAAAUAAAAACGUCUUUCACUAAUAUUUUGACGUUAGUUUAUUUACCGAAAUAUGCAAUAGAGAUAAUACAAACAAAAAAUAUGCUUUGUUUGUGUUUGUAGCCCACUUUUAUUCCCUGCACCAACACUCUUUAAACAUGCAUCGCGCGUGUGUGUGUAUUGGUUUGGACAUUUUACGCUUUUGAUUUUCAGAAUGGCAUAACAUGUUUUGUGUUUCAAUAUCCACAAUGGAUGCGUGUGAGAAACAGAAAUCUGGAUUGAUGAAUGCGCGCAUAAAGGCUGGGCAAAAACGCAGGGUUUUUGGCCCGUUUCUCUGCGGUUGAAAGACGCUAUUUCCCUGCGAAGCGAAGGGAGGCAGUCAUUUCUAGCGUAAGGCGUGAAAACUGGGGACAAAUGAGCAGCCUCCCCUGAUGUGACAAGCUACAAUGAAGCAUGCUCUGCCUCCCGCGGCUCUCAAUACGGAGACAAGCGUGUCCCACCGAACAAAACGGACACAAACGUUUGGAGGCCAUAUGGUUUUUGAAUUUUCCUCACAAUUUUCAGACAAUUUGAUGGAUCGAGCUGGCCCUCUUUUUAAAGUGUUUCGCUCGGUUUUCACAAAGGCAAUAAUGCGCACAGGGGCGAGGGCAUCUGGGCCUAUUAAUGUUCCCUCUAUUCUU